CCCACUUCCUGGAAACCUUCUAGGCGCCGUCAACCUGCGCAGCUCUAUGGUACGGCGGCCGAGCCGGAGUCGUCGCGCUGCCCGCGGGUCGGCCUCGUCGCUCGCAGCCUCUGAGUCUGAAAGCUCGCAAGCCGGAGCGGGCCGGGCGCUUCUUCCCGAUCUCGGGUCUCCGCUUGCUUUCCCCGCCCGCCGGCGGGGCUCGAGCCAGCUGAGUGGCCAUGGAAUUGACUUUAAAAUCAGAACAAUAGAACUAGACGGGAAGAAAAUCAAACUACAGAUAUGGGAUACUGCAGGUCAGGAAAGAUUUCGUACCAUCACAACUGCAUACUACAGAGGAGCCAUGGGAAUAAUGCUGGUAUAUGAUAUCACAAGUGAAAAAUCUUUUGACAACAUUAAGAACUGGAUAAGGAACAUAGAAGAGCAUGCAUCUUCAGAUGUAGAAAGAAUGAUCCUGGGUAAUAAAUGUGAUAUGAAUGAAAAAAGACAAGUUUCAAAAGAAAAAGGAGAAAAGCUAGCAAUUGAUUACGGAAUCAAAUUUCUGGAGACGAGUGCAAAAUCGAGCAUAAAUGUGGAAGAGGCUUUCUUCGCUCUUGCACGGGAUAUUAUGACAAAACUCAACAGAAAAAUGAACGACGGCAGUUCGGCAGGUGCAGGCGGGCCGGUCAAAAUAACAGAAAACAGAUCGAAGAAGAGCAGCUUCUUUCGAUGCACGCUGCUUUGAUGAACUCCUAAUAAUAGACUGCGGCAUACCUAGAAAAGAGAAAAAAAAAACCCUUUCCUGCUUCUCUGAAAGCACAGGCACACCAGCCCCAGAGCUGUUACCACCAGGCUGCUGCUGAGAGCUCUGUCUGAACAUAGAGUGCGCGAAGCAAAGCGCAUGGAUUUUGGCCCUCUCUGCUUGUCAACAGGCUGGGCUCCCUCCUCUCAAAUGUGGAAGCCAUGAAGUUGAGAGACACCUGUGCAGGAGCUCCACCUUCUCUCCAUCACUUUGUUCUCACUGCCUGCUUCGAAGCUGCUACAUUUCUUUUUGACUUUGCACGUCUGUACUAGCCUUUUUGUUGCCUGUUUAGAGGGCAGUCUUACAUGUGUGUUUGCACAGCUUUUUUGUCUGGGGAAAAUUCCUCAACAGAUUUGUGCAUUUCUUCUUUCUUUGUGUGUGUGUGGGGGGACUUUUUAAUUUUUAUUUUUUAUUUUUACAGUUUUGCCGUAAAAGGAUCGGCUUGAAUCCCAUUAAACCUAGUCCACUGGAGGUAUGUGCAGAAGGCUUCCUUAGGCUCGACAGAGCCCUUCCUCCCCUCCUUCUCUAAUUAUGCAGGGGGAACCCGGGCAGCAUAAGAGUCUGCUGGGAUGAAUGGGAGAUCUUUAUGUCCUUCCAAUGAUCCCUCCUCCAGCCCUCCCCUUCCAUUCAGUGCAAGAUGCGUCUGCUCAGAACGUGAAUUAUUUGUAUCAAAGCAAGAGGGAUUGCUGAAUGGGAUAUGGGGGGCAUGUGUGGUCCUUCUACUCGCCCUACAGCCUGACCACUGCCUGCAUGGUGGGGAAGCAAGAGCUAAAUUCAGCGGGAGGAUCCCUUGGUGGGCUGGUCUUGUGCCUCUUGCAUUUUUCUCAGGCAUACAGAUUUGCCUGCCAACAUAAGUAUGAUUUCAUAACUUGGUGGUGGAGCGUUUUAACACCAAAGGCACUUAAAAUCUCCACUUUGGUUUAUUAGCUUGUUCAGGAAACACACAGAAGUUACUCUUUCUGAAUGUAAGAUGUUGCUUUUCUGUUUUCGUCAACCACGUCCAAAAGGAGUUUAAGGAAAGGUUUAGCUUCUCCCAGCCCCAUCAGUGAUGAUGUAGGCAAAACAGUAUCUGCCUUGUUAAACUAGUUUCCCUUUUUCAUAUACAUAAAAACUUCCCUACUUCCUUCUGUUCCUUUGCUAAUCUCACUCUCCUGUGACUUCUGUUUCUUGCUGCAUCCGGUUGUCUGCUGUGCUAAAUGAAAGCCGUCCUGGUUCCUUUUUAAGCCUGUUGAAUGUUAAUAUACAAGGCAUCUCCAGUGUGCAUAAUUGGCCUCUUAGUCCCCUUUGGUUAGGAAGGAGCUGUACAAAAGCUUAGUCACUCCUCAGCGGCUGGUGACCUUCCUUGAAUUUUGAGGCAACUGAAGUCACUGAAGUGUAGCUGCCUUCGUCUCAGCUGAGACUUCCAUGUCUGUCGUUUAUUCCAUGACUCUUUAAAUUCUUUGUGCAGUUUUUUAAAAUGGGUGCUUUAGUUUUAUUGACGUGCCAAACAUGGACUUUUGCAAGUGACAGUUCCUAGCUCAAUACCACUGCAAGCAAUUUCCCCCAAGGUCGUUUGUAGCCCCAGCUUUGAAACUCGCUCAGUUUGUCGCUGGUUAGCCAAAUAGGCACAUGCCUUUAUUUCAUUUGAGUGUCGUGUUUACCUUGCUGUAACACUGAGCAUAUCUUGCAUCUUUGAAAGUGAAUGGGUUGGCUGUUGGUGCUCAGCAGACAACAUCUGGUGUUCUGUCCUGAGCAGCUCAGAGAAACGUCUUCCUGCGAAGCUAGGAACUCUCCUCGCCAGCCUCUCCUGUAUAAUCCAAAGAACGUUCCUUAGUUCCAUCUUGGUCCCCAUCUAGUUCUGAUAGGAAAGAGGAACGUGUUUUAUGCCUGCCAGCUCUGUGUCCAGCACUGGAGUUAAAGUAUUGUGGUUUUAUAUAUUUUAUAACAGGAGUGCUUUCUUCACAGCAAGUAUGACUGCACCCAUGUUGAAUGUCCAUUUCUUUCUCACCUCUGGCUUCUUGGUAUUGUAACCCUUCAGUCUGUAUCUCGGGGUUGUCUGAAAGCCAAAACUGACAAGUUCUGUCGUUUCCCUUCUGCAGAUUUUCUUUGCUUAUGAUUGCUCUCUGUUGGCUCAUCAUACUUUACAUCUUGGUUCUAUGUACAAAAUUUGGUCUCUGUGAGCUUCCCUGUGAGAGAGCCUGUAACUAGUUGAAUUGAUAUAAAGUGCUUAUUGAAGCAGCAGCACGUUGGGGUAUCUUCUCUGUUUUAUUAUGAAAGAUCUUACUAUUUUCUUACUUCUAGCUGUGCUACAAUGUACAUAAUUUGAGUAAGAGCAUAGGAAAUUCACUUUAAGCUUGAUGUUAUGAUGCCACACACAGUUCACUUUCCUUCAUAAUCUUAAUUUUUCCUGGCAAAGGAUUAGUGACAGAAUUUGUCUGUUACCUGCUGAACUUAGGAAGAACAUUUUGUUUUGUGCGGAAACAACUGCAGUCUGAAGGAAAGGUUUGUGGCCUCGUGAAGCAAUAUUGAGUGCUGCGGCUGCACUUUGAACUCUUCAUAAUGGCCAGUUGAGACUUUCCCUGCUACGGAUAGCCUGCCUUGUCCCACUGAGAUGUGCUGUAGCUGUGUAAAGCCGCUGAUUGUACAAAGUUUCACUUCAAACCCUUCUCUAGAGUGCUUUAGGCAAGCAGAUGCAAGAUAAUGGCAUGAGAUGAGACUGCCUUUGCAUUGGUUUUUUGAUGCAAGCUGUUUCUUACUCCAGAACAGGCCUUGUGCAGCUUCAUAACUCUGGAAGAUUAUUCUUGAUGUUGGGACUUGUGUUAAGAAAAGGAAUGUUGCUUUUGGUUAGGCCAGCGAAUCUUAAGCUUGGGUCCCUGGAGGUGGUUGGCUUGCAACUCCCGUCCUCCCCAGCCACAGUGGCCUUCGAAGAUAGGAGUGGCUAGCCCAACCUCAUCAUCAUCCGAGGACUGAGUUUGAGAACCUCUGAAGUUAGGUCAUGGCUGAAGUAUGGCUAGGUUUCACGACAUGUUUGGCCUUUCUCAAAGGACCUCAUUUGUUGUGAGAAAGGGCAAACCUUGAUGCUCUUUCAGGAGUAGUACGCCCACGUUCUCUGUUCCCUUUCCUUCCUCGGUGGUUGGUUUUCACCACUCACUUUCCAAAUGAGAAAAUGCAGCUUGAACGAUGCCGUCUCUGUAACUAAACAUUUCAGUUGGCUUUUUAUAGCUAGAAAUGCUUGUGUUUAAGACUUGUGCAUCUUCUAGCUGCCAGUCUGGACAUUCACACGGCAUAUAAAAUACCCUUUACUGAAUUUGGUGUGUCUCUGUAAAUACUUGUAAAAUACUUGUUAGUUUUUUUGAGAAAUAUGGUUUUUUAUAAAUGGGAUGGGGACCUCUCCCAAGUGCAUUUCCUCUUCUCACUUUCAGAUUCAAAGAGAGUCCAGUACUUCUGAUACUCAAUGAAUCCAUAUUCAUUAGUAGACUUUUUUCAGUUCUGUCAGCAGUUUGGUUAACAACUCGAAAGGCUUGUGGCAGAUAAAAUUCUGCAGGUGUUUCGGUAAUUAUGGGAAUAGCUGACUAGAAUGUAUAAACCAGUUUUGCAAGGCUAAAAACCAGGCAGCUGAGGGAUUGCUACUUUCCAGUCCCUACUUUAAGUUUCAAAAUAAAUACGAACAUAGGGCUACAUAAGUAUAUUUUUCCUGCACCUGGAGAAUUUGUUGUGUAUUAUGGCCCUAUAAAUACUUCACAAUUUACACUUCCUUGGCCGUAUAACUUUCAUGCAAUUGAGACAUGAAGCAUGAUCCAAAACCACCUAAUUUUUUUGCACACAAUUGUCCCUCAUGUGAAGCACGUCUUAUCACUGCUCCAAAGACAAGGUUGGAAGAGCUCCUGCAGAUAAUGUGGGCUUGUCAUGUGGUUAACUUGUAAACCUAAUCAUUUAAUUGUGUACUGAAACUAUGUAAAAAGCUGAAGGGGGGAGGGGUGUUCUUUCAAGUGAAUUCUUUUAUAACAAUGUUAGUCUCAAAUAAAAUUACGUAAUUAAGUGUUCA